AUGCAACAACUUAAAUCCCGCUUUUCGCAAGCGGUUGCCCUGCCCGCGUCUGAAACGGAGCAGAUUGCCGUCUAUCUAUCCGGGCGCGGCGUGGCAACAGCGUUUGGCAGUAUUAAUGGCCAGAUGUCGGUUGCCCUGCGCGCAGAUCCGAUUAACCAGUUGAGUGACAUCCACACAAUGCUUGCACAGCAGAUAGCAUCGCUGGAAUUGCAGCUCAGUCCUGCCCGCAAGCGGGUCAAUCUUGUGUUGGCACCGGAGCUGUACAACGUUUCAUUGAUCGAUCGACCCGAGGUGGACGAUGCCGAGCUGAAAGACGCCGUUCGUUGGGCCAUUCAGGAGCAGGUCGACUAUCCGGUUGAAACCGCAACGCUGGAUGUUUUUGAGCUGCCACGAAGCGCGUCCCGCGAACGGCCCAUGGUUUUUGUGGUGUCGUUGAAGACUGAAUUGUUAAAGACUUUGCGAUCCCAGGUGCAGGCUGCUGGUUUGCAACUGGCCAGCAUCGAUGCCUCAGAGCUGUGUUUGAGAAACCUUGCCUGGCAAUGCUUCCCCCAUGCGGAUCAGAGCAUUGCGAUGUUGCGCCUCACCAGUAACAGCGGCCUGGUGAAUAUCUCUCGCGGCGACGAACUGUAUCUGGCGAGGCGGGUUUCCGGCCUGCCGGAUGAAUUUUCUGAACCAAAGUGGGCAGAUUUUCGCGAACGUAUGGUGUUACAGGUCCAACGUUCAAUUGACUAUUACGAAAGCGCCAUGAAUCAGCCCCACUGCAACAUGCUGGUGGUCGCCUGUACCCACGACUGGUCGGAGCGGGUCACCGAGUAUCUGACCGAAAUGUUACCGAUUCCAGUGCGCUCCAUAGCCGAGGUGUUGGCGGGGGAAAUGGCUCUGCAGUUGCACAAUCCCGAUGUCCAGACAAUAGAUUGGCAUGCCCUGCAGCCAGCGCAGGCAAACGCCAUCGCCGCCGGAUUACCGGCUCUGGGGGGUGUUUUGCGUCAUCACAUUGCUCAGAAUGUCAAUCUUCUUGAUACAAGCCUUGCCCCGGUCAGAAAACGGCUGGGUGCCAGUCAGGUGGCUCUGGCUUGGGUUGGCUUUACCGUGUUUCUGGUGUUGAUCAGCAUCUGGCAAAGCGCAUCUUUGUGGUGGUUGCAGGAUGAAGAGAUGGUCACCCGGGCUGAAGUUGAACGGGUCCGCGAGGCGAAUUCGUUACACCGUGCAAAUACCGUCUCGCCACUUGCUUUAGAAGCGCAGGUUGCUGAACUGCUGAUGCAGCAGGAGCAACAGGCAUUGUUAGUUGCUUUGUUGCGACAACAGCAGAGUUUGAGUUUUUCACCGUACCUGGCUGCGCUCGGCGAAGCGCGUGUAGAUAACCUCUGGCUGAGUGAAAUUUCUAUCUCUCACGGUGUUAAGCGUGAAAUAAAUUUGAAAGGCGCGACUUCAGAUGCCGCGCUGGUCCCGGUCAUGUUGCGCAAUCUGUCGGAACAGGAGCAGUUUCGCGGGCAACGUUUCAAACAUGUAGAGAUCACCACACUGCCGGGCAAGUCCCUGUCUGAAUUUGUCAUUGUCAGCUGCAGCUUGCGCGAGCGUCUUCUGAUCAGCGUGACUUUAUUUACUUUUACCGGCGGCUUGUGGUUCACCCUGCUUGGCGGCGUGGUUGUCGACAAGAAAGUGGAUGUGGUCAAAAGCAUCGAUCGCCUGACCCGUGAUAUGCAGGCCCAGACGGCAGAGCAGAUUCGUUUGCUGGCGGAGGAUAAAAGGCCGGCGAAAAUUGCGCUGAAACACAAGCAGGAUCAGUUGCAGGGCGUGAUUGUUGAACAGCAGGCGGAGCUGGACGGAUUGCUGGACCGGUUUAUUGCGCCGGAGCAGGUGCCGGAUCUGUUGGAAGAUGUAUUAGAUGGUUUUGCAGACCUUCAGCUGGUCCGACUGGCCAGCCGACCAUCUGAGCCGGUGGUGCUGCAAGCGGCUUCCCAUAAGGCCGAUGCUGGUGAAAAUGCAGACGCUAUACCGCCGCCGCAGGUGACCAUCUAUCGGCAUCCCGUAGAAAUUGAAUUUGUUGGUGGGUACAUGGAUGUGCUUGCCUAUCUAAAUGCGCUGGAGGCUGCCGAAUGGCAAUUUUCCUGGCGACGAUUCGACUAUGUCGUGGAGGAGUAUCCGAAUGCCCAGGUGCGCAUUGAAUUAGAAACUCUUAGCCGCGAAAAGGUUUUCCUCGAAGGCCAGAGUAAAGGUGACGUCGCCCUGGUUGAGGUUCUGCCGGACAAUGUGCUGGUGCAGAUCGGUUCUGAAGAGCAGGUGGUGCCGAUAGGACUCGAAGAACUGCCGCUGGCAAUACGUGACGAUGAGCCCACGUUUGAUCUGCAGGUUGAAAAUGCUGACGUUGCAGAUUUCUUCCGCAGUCUUGUUGCAGGCACCCCCUACAAUCUUGUGUUGCACCCGGAAGUAACCGGUCUGGUUACGCUUUCUCUCAAGGAUGUAACGGUCAGUGGGGUGAUGCAGGUGAUGCGUGAUGUCUAUAACUAUGACUAUGUCUUGAAAAAUGAUGUCUAUCAGAUCUUUCCAGAUGUGCUGCGAACACAGAUCUAUCACGUUAACUAUUUGAACGUUGCGCGCAGCGGCCGUUCUGAGACUCAGGUCAGGACCAUAGUGAACACCUCCGGCGAAGCUGAUCUGUGGAAAGAGUUAACGCUGACGUUAACCAAUAUUGCCUCCAUGGAUGAAGGCAGCAACGUCAUGGUCACCCCACAGGUAGGUCUGGUUGUUGUAAAAGCCAAGCCGCAUACGCUGCGGGCAAUUGAAGACUAUCUGCAGCGCGUUGAAAACGCUUUGUCACGACAGGUGGUGCUGGAAACCAAAAUCAUUGAAGUGACCCUUAAUGAGGGUUUUCAGGCAGGCAUCAACUGGAACACUUUUGGUGAAGAUUCUGGCGGAACCUUCGCCCCUGUUACUACGGUGCUGGAUGACGGAACGGUAGUGAGCACCCAGGGCAGCGAACGUUCGGUUGCGGGUGAAUUUAUUUCCGGUCAGAACAAUAUAUUUAAUCCGCUUGGUACAACCUUCUCUCUCAGUGCAGCGUUCAGCGACUUUGAAGCCACGCUGGAACUCUUAGCAACCCAAGGUAGUGUGCAGGUGCUGUCGAGCCCAAGAAUCGCGACGGUGAAUAAUCAGAAAGCGGUGAUAAAAGUAGGUAGUGAUGAGUUUUUUGUCACCGACAUUUCUUCCAACACGAUCACUGCCGGAAACUCGAUCAACAUUAAUGAUUCACCCGAAUUGACACCGUUUUUCUCCGGUAUUGCAUUAGAUGUCACCCCACAGAUCAGCGCUGACAACGAAGUGAUUCUGCAUGUGCAUCCAACGGUCAGUGAAGUCACCGAACAGCUGAAGUUUAUCGGCGGCCAGCUGGUGCCCCUGGCAUCCAGCACGAUCCGGGAAUCUGACAGUAUUGUGAAGGCGUCCAGCGGCCAGAUUGUAGUGAUUGGCGGCCUGAUGCAGAACAGCAGCCGUGACGUUAACGCCGGUGUGCCAUGGCUUAAACAGUUACCCAUGGUGGGUAAUCUGUUUAAGCAGAAGAAUCAGAGUUCGAUAAAGAGUGAGCUGGUGAUUCUGCUUAAACCCAUAGUGGUGGAGUUGGGUACACAGUCUACGCUGUUGGGAGAAAGUGUGCGUGGUGGACCAAAAAUUCGGAUUGGUGAUCUGUUGGUCGCAAGUGGCGAUAUCAGUGAAGAGCAGCUGCGUGUUGCGUUGGCAGAACAGAAAGAUUCAGGCGUAAAAUUAGGCCGCAUUCUGGUUGAACAAGGUUUUGUUGAGGAAGAGCGGUUGCUCGGCUUUCUGUCUGAACAGCUGGGUGUGCCGUUUAUAGACCUGAAAGAUUUUGAGUACGAUGAAGCGCUGGUGGCGCUGCUGCCGGAAACGUAUGCGCGGCGUUAUCGAGCCAUUGUGUUGCGCGAGCAGGGUGAACAGCUGCUUGUCGGCAUGGCUGAUCCCAUUGAUAUUUUUGCUUUUGACGAACUGCAGCGCCAGCUCCAUCGUGCAAUGACGGUAGCAGUGGUGCGGGAAUCUGAGCUGUUAACCCUGCUGGACAGCGCUUAUCGACGCACCAGCGACAUUGUCAGUUUUGCCAGCGAACUGGAUGGUGAAUUAAGUGUUGAUGAAUUCAGCUUGUCCAACUUUGAUGCUGCGGAAGACGAUGAUUCACCAGUUGCGCGCCUGUUGCAGUCGAUUCUGGAAGACGCGGUUCAGGUCCGCGCAUCUGAUGUUCACAUUGAGCCAGAUGAAAACGUGCUGCGUCUCAGGCAGCGGGUAGACGGGGUUCUGCACGAACAGAUUCUGAAUGAGCGACGAAUUUCCGGAGCGCUGGUCAGCCGAUUGAAGCUGAUGGCCGGUUUAGAUAUUUCCGAAAAGCGGCUGCCACAGGAUGGUCGCAUUGAAAUCAAGUUGAAGAACAGGAACAUCGAUAUUCGUUUAAGCACGCUGCCGACAACUACCGGUGAGUCCGUUGUAAUGCGUCUGGCAGAUCACAGUAGCGGGCAAACCCGUCUUGAUCAGAUCGGUAUGCAGCCGGAGAUGCUGAAACGUUUUCAUUGGCUGAUCAAUCGACCUAAUGGUCUGGUGCUGGUUACCGGUCCAACCGGCAGUGGUAAAACAACAACACUUUACGGCGCACUGAAUGAACUCAACACGCCAGAGAAAAAGAUCAUCACUGUUGAAGAUCCUGUGGAAUACCAGCUGGAGCGCAUUAAUCAGGUUCAGGUUAUGGCAAAGAUCGGCUUUGAUUUUGCCCGUGUCCUGCGGUCUACGCUUCGACAGGAUCCGGAUAUCCUGCUGGUUGGUGAAAUUCGUGACGGUGAAACAGCAGACAUUGCUCUGCGCGCAGCGAUGACCGGACACCUGGUUCUUUCAACUUUGCAUACUAACGAUGCGAUUUCAUCGGCGCUGCGUCUGAUCGACAUAGGCAUAGAAGGCUACAUGGUAGCGGCGUCCGUGCGCGCAAUUGUUGCCCAACGCCUGGUGCGCAAACUCUGUGAUCGCUGCAGUGCGCCCUACCAGCCUGACAGUCAUGAACUGGCCUGGCUGCAGGCCGCUGCGCCAGGAUUGAGCGAAGACAACUAUACCUUUGCCAAAGGCAAAGGGUGUAAUCAAUGUAAUCGAACCGGUUAUUUUGGCCGGCUUGGCGUUUUUGAACUGCUGGAAAUUGAUGGGCCAAUGGCAGAUGCGCUGCGCGCAGAUGACACGGCAACCUUCAGCAGAUUAGCUGAAGCACAACCUAACUUUGCGCCUCUGGUGCAAUGUGCUUUGAAGUAUGCCGUACAGGGUGAAACUUCGCUUGCAGAGGUAAUGGCUCUGUCCGGGCAGGAAGAAGAGCUGUGGGAAGCGCAACACACGAAUCUGGAAGACAGCUUGCGUCAUGCACAUGAGUUACAUGCCAAGCCCUCGACCGAAAUUGGUGCGGUUGCUCAGGAUCUAAGCGCCGCCGGCAUGCUGCCAUUGAAGAUUGAGAGUGCAGAAGAGCCGGAUAACGCGCCUAAGAAAGUGAGUUGGCUCGGCCUGAGGCCUAGUGUAAAAAUCAACGAGCUGGUGGUGUUUUCGCUGCAGAUGGCCAGCUUAACAAAGGCUGGCAUAUCUAUAGUAAAGGCCGUAAGCACACUGGGUGAAUCGAGUAAGAACGAAUAUUUUGCCGAAGUGCUGGAAGACGUGGGGACCCAUCUUGAAUCCGGUAUGGACAUAGCUUCAAGCAUGGGACGUCACCCUCGUGUGUUUAAUGAUUUGUUUGUGGCGCUGAUUCACGUCGGAGAAAACACUGGUCGUCUCGAUUCUGCGUUUCGUCAAAUAGCCAGUUAUCUCGAAUUGGAGCGGGAGACCCGGCAGCGGAUACAGGCUGCAACAAGGUAUCCAAUGUUUGUCAUGGUGGCGAUAUCUAUCGCGAUUGUGAUUCUGAACAUUUUUGUGAUCCCGGCGUUUGCCAAUGUAUUUGCUAAAUACGGUGCGGACCUGCCCUGGCAGACUCAAGCGAUAUUGGCAGUCAGCGACUUCUUUGUGCGCUUCUGGCCGCUGCUUCUGCUUGCAGGUAUCGGCGCUAUAUGGGGUUGGUUAGCCUAUCUGAAGACACCUGCGGGAAGGUUACGCUGGCACGGCAUGAAAAUUCGUAUUCCUAUCCUGGGGAGUAUUUUUGAGCGCAUUUAUCUGUCUCGCUUCUGCCACGCUUUUGCGAUGGUAUCGCGCGCAGGUGUGCCGCUUAACCAGGGUUUGAAAAUUGUCGCCAAAGCGAUAGGCAGUGACUAUUUUGCCCAGCGCAUCGACGCCAUGCGCAACGGUAUUGAGCGGGGUGAGAGUAUUACUGCAACCGCUCAUCAGGCCAAACUGUUUUCACCCGUGGUGCUGCAGAUGAUGGCUGUCGGAGAAGAGACCGGCACCAUGGAUGAACUGCUUGAACAGGCGGCUUCCUUUUACGAGGAAGAGGUUUCGUACGCGUUGAAAGGCAUGACGGAUGCAUUGGAGCCGAUUCUCAUUAUCGGGAUUGCAGGCGUGUUGGGGGGCUUCACGACCGGUGUCGCGCUUUAUCACGCACAGUGGAUCGCUGAAGGUAACGUGCCAGCCGAUUCCGCAGACUGUGCAACGGUUUUCACCGGCUUGCUGCAAAGCGCGCCAACCGUUGGCAGUGCAGCCAGCCUCGCAGCCAUCGACGGCAGCGGUACAGACUAUACAGCGGUGCGUAACGGCGUCGACUGCGAGUAUUACUACACCGCGCAGAGCAAUGCCUCUGGUGAAACGGUUGCGUAUUUCACCUAUGAAUCUGACACAGGUUCAGGCUUUACCGUUGUAGAACUCGUCGUUGUUAUCAUUCUUCUAUCGAUUCUGAGCGCAACCGCGCUCAGUCGAUUUUCAAAACCGGACAUCUUUGCGGCCAGCGUGCUGGCGACGACCCUCACGGCACAGAUUCAUUUUUCCGCUCAGGCUGCUCAAACCCGCAGCACAGCUGUGAUCCUAAAUGUCACGCCUGUCGACGGUCGCCUGGAAAUGCUGGUGGCAAGCUCGUCCGGCACGUUGCGCGCGACGGAUGCUUCCUUGGAGAACAUCAAUUUCAGUCUGACGAACAGCGGCACACUCUACCCGGUUGCGAAUGGGAGCGUAUGGCAGAUGACCUUUGCAGGCAAAGGUGACCUUAUUGCGGCUUCUCUGGAUACAGAUGUUUUAGAUCCGGAAGCUGGCAUUACAGCUCAUUUCAGCGGCGAUACAGAUCAGCUUGUUAGCGGUGGUUUUACUCUGGUAGAGACGAUAGUGGCGAUGCUGAUCAUCAGUAUUGCUGCGCUGGCUAUGGCCAGCGCCCUUGGUUUUGCUUUUACGCGUUCUUCUGACGGUUUGCUGGAAGCGAAGGCGGUAUACAUCGCCCAGGGAUAUUUGGAGGAGAUCCAGUCUCGCCGUUACGAUGAAGUGACGCCCGUUGGCGGUACGCCACCCUGUCAGACUGUGACACCCUGCAGCGUUCUGGGGCCGGAUUCAGAGAGCCGUGAGAACUAUGAUGAUGUUGAUGACUAUGACGGCCUGCUGGAUACGCCGCCUCGAGAUUCGCUGAAUCAGAUCAUGCCAGAAUUCAGUGGUUUUUCGGUAGCGGUCGAUGUGGUUUACGCAGAUGCCGCGCAAAUAGCUGCCUGGAAUCUGGAUGCUGCUACGGAUGCGAAGAUCGUUUCGGUUACGGUCACAACCCCUGAUGGCCAAUCGUCAGUCCGAAACGCGCUGCCAGGCAGCGUGCGUGUCAAUGCCAGUUGUCUUGAGUUUGUGCCGGUAAUUGCCGGUUCUUCGUAUCUGGAUCUACCCCAGGCUGCACCAGCACUGGCGAUGCAGGUAGUGCCACCCGACGCAGUUGGUCUGAAUGGACUGCGGGUUGCUGUCGGGGGUGGUGGUAACGUUUAUACGCUGGCAUCGUCCAGUGUGAUCAGUUCGCCGGUCACCUUGACUGCACCUGAUGCGCAGGGUGAAGUCGCGGUGUUGUUUGAUAGUGCCCAUCAAUUUCCGGCAGCCUCUGCCGGCAGUCGCCUGUUCUGGGUGGAUCAGCCCGUGAGUUACUGUGUUGAUGCAGGUAAUCUCUAUCGUUACAGCAACUAUGGUUUUCAGGCGGCCCAACCUACGCCUCCCAGUUUGCCGACAACCCUGCCGGGGCGUAGCCUGAUGGCAACCUCUGCAUCAGCGGUAUUCGAUAUUGCACCCGUCACGCUGCAGCGUAAUGCUCUGGUGCGGCUGAAUCUGCAGUUGGGCGUAGGUGAUGUUGCUUUUGACGUUGCCGCUAACGUGCAGGUGCGAAAUGUGCCGUAG